CUUAAGAUUUAAUUCUUGUUUUUCUUUUCUACUAAAGAUGGCGCUAAUCCACCUAUCAUUAAAAUUUAACAGAUUUUUAAUAUAAGGAAUUGUUAUGUAAAACUAAAAAUAUCAAUAUUUAUUUGUCGCACUCCAUUUUGUUUACUGCGUUCGAUGUAAAAUAAAUUUAUGCAUUAGUAGCUACUCACUGCCAGUGAACUGUUUCUAAUAAUGAUGAUUAUGCAACUGUUUCAAUCAGCGCUAUAGGAAGAAGAUGAACAAUCCACUAAAAGAGUUUAGACCUGAAAGUUUGUGCCUUCUUAAAGAAACCCAAGAAGAUUAUUGGUGUUAUGCACGAAAAGGUCCACAAGAUUUUUCAGUCUACACCGAGAAAUCUUCUAUUUAUGAAGCUCCAAUGAAAGAAAAAUUUCGUGAGUCGUCUGAUGUUUUAGUGAGAUGGACUGAUGGAUUGCUAUACUUAGCAACUAUAAUACAAGUUGAGGAUGAAUACAGCAGGUGUGCUGUCAAAUUUGAAGAUGGAUCUCAGUUUUGGGCUUUAUACAAAGAUAUAUAUAAAGGUCCUUUACCAGAUAAUGAAUUUGCUUGUACUGUUUGUGACAGUGCAUCUUCUCAGCCCCCAGAUGAAAUAGUCAUAUGUGAUAAAUGUUCUGUAGGUUAUCAUCAACUGUGUCACAUUCCUAAAAUUAGUACAGCUGAUUUAAAUCCAGAAAUUCCUUGGAGUUGUAGAAAAUGUGUAUUUGUACAUGCAGCAAAGAAAGGUGGUGCUUCUAAAAAAGGACCUAAUGCUCAAGCCCUGGCUAUAAUGAAGCAAACACUGCCAUAUGAGCCUCAGGCCUUGACUUGGGAUACAUCUCACCGAUCAAACUUGCAACAGACUUAUUGUUACUGUGGUGGUCCAGGAGAAUGGUAUUCUAAAAUGCUUCAGUGCCUCAGGUGCAAGCAGUGGUUUCAUGAAGCUUGCCUUCAAUGUUUGGAUGAACCAUUGCUUUUUGGUGACAGAUACUACAUUUUUAUAUGUUCUUUGUGCAAUAAAGGACCAGAGUUCCUUAGACGUUUACCACUGCGAUGGCCAGAUAUUGCUCAUCUAGUCCUUUUCAAUUUAACUGUUAUACAUGGCAAGAAAUUUUUUGAAUUUGAUACCAAAAUUAUGGCUUUUUUAAAGGAUAAUUGGUCUCAAUUUCAAAUAAAGGGAGAGGUUAUGUCAAGAAUGCCAGUAGAGGAGAAAAAGAAAAAGUUAUUAGAAGCUUUAACAAAUUGUAAAAGCAGGUUCACAUCUGGAAAAGAAAUAAAAAGAAAAGCAACUGUCUGGGGUUUGAGAUCUCGUAUUCCGCCACCAACACCAGUUGUUACAUUACCAGAAUCUGGUACAAUUACGAAUGAAGUCUUAGAUUCUAUUAAUGGUUCAAGGAAGUCAAAACUUACCCCAGUGCACCAGUCGAAAAUAUCUCCUAUGCAUCCAUCAAAAUUAACUCCUGUCCAACAGCCAAAAUUAACUUCAGUUCAUCAGUCGAAACUAGCUUCAGCACACCAAACAAAAUCAAAUGGUUCUUCUUUGCCACCUGCAAAGCGCGCUAGAAAAUUAUCACUUGAUGACGAUGUGAUAAUCAUUGAACCAGAUCGGGAAGUAAUUAAAGAAGAAAAGCCAACUCCUCCCCCGUUGAAUGUAUUGCAAAAACGAGAUCAUCCCUUCCGUAGAAAAAGUGAAAACCAAAUAUCUUCCAAUCAAGAAGAAGAAAAAAAGAACCAUGUUAGAAAAAAGGUGGAAAAAGCAUCUUUAGUCGAAGAAAAACCUCACCCAACAAGGAGAAAAAAUGAAAAACCGCUGCCACAAAGUCGCAGUGAAGACAAAUCCAAAAAACCUACUUUGCUGCCAAAAAAGAAGGAGAGGAGAAAGCUGCCACAUCGGUUAGUCAGAUGCCUAAAUAAACCUAAUGGCUUGCGGAAGGUACCGCGCACUUCACCCAUCCUUAUUGAUUUGUCCGAAAGUGACGACACAUCUUCAUCUCACGGUACUCUUAACACAAUUAUUCCUCACCCUACAGAUUUUGAAGGUGUGAACAAUCCAUUUUUGCAAAAUUAUUCUUCAAAUAGUGCUUUACCAUCAACAACAUCGUCCGUUUCAUCAGUGACUGGUUCAAAAAGUCGGUCUAGGCUCAGAAAUAGGAAUAAUUGUGUUAAAGUAUGUCCUUCGCGAAAGUUCACUUCCACUAGGUCGUCGGCCUCGGUGAUUAACAGGCUUUUAAAUGACUCUCCUUCUAAUAGCAAAGUUCAGUUACCUGCUGAUACUUCGACUACCACUUCUGAUUUAAGUUCCUCUGUGAGCAGUUAUUUUGGGAUGGCUGAUCGCAUUUCUAACGGAGAAAAAUUCACGGUGUUAGCAAAACGGACUGGACCUGAUGGUAAGACUCAGUAUUUACUUCAGUGGGAUAGUCUUAGUUCAUCUUGAAAGUGGGGUUUGUAAACACUCUUGAUUUCUCGUGCAUUUAUUCCCUCAAAGUGUUCAUUAACUGCUUUUUCUAAAAUUAUUUUUUUGCUUUGAUAUUGUUUUUAAAGAAUUGACUUCUAUGAAUCAUUAUGAAACAAGCAGCUGGGCCAGUUCUGGAAAAUUUGGCAAUGAAUGUUUUGCUCUACAUUAAAAAUCAUGAACAAGAAGCCUGUACUUGUGCAAUUCUAAAUUUAGUUAUGAUUGAAAAUUUAUAUUGUCAAGAAGUAUUAUACUGUUACAUACAAGUAUUAUUUGUGAUUUUCACCUGGUGAUUUAUUUGUUGGUGAAAUGUUUUAAAUUAACUUGAAGUACACUCGUUUUUAUUUCUGUUUACUACCUUAGUAAUUUUAAUGACUUUGAAAAUUUCAUAAAACUGUAUCUACAACUCAAUAUUUAUGCAUACCUUCGUGAUUCACUGCAUUGAAUUGAAUUUUCAAUUUGUAGAUGUUAGUUAUUUUCUAACUGAGAAAGUUUAAAUUUAUAAACUCAACUACCAGUUAACCUAAAAAGAAUAUCUAACCAAUAAGUAACAACGCUUUUUAUUUCGUAGCAAUCCUCCCAUUUUCUUCUUCUUUUCAACAGAGACAACAUUAUGAAACCGAGUGUCGCCAGUCGCUUAAUCUAGUGUUAAGCUAUUAGUAUGCUAUUUUGACAUAUUGGAAUUCAAUAUGUUUGGUUCAGUAUGAUUUAGUUAAUUCAGUGGUAUUAAUAAAAUUGGAUUCUGUUAUUUUAACAGUUCUUAUAAUUAUAAAAUUGGGUUUUAUUAUACCCAAUAACAAAAAAUAUUGAAAAAUUAGUUUAUUUAAACUUUUUAAGAAAUUUCACAGUAUUUUUGUUUUAAUUUUUUAAAAAUAGUAUAUUAAAAUCUUUGAAAAUUAAUGCUAUUAUUUAAACUUGAUUGCAAUAAUAAACAUUUUAAAUAUUUGAUUUUUUUUUUAUUAAGCUUCUUCCUGUGUGGUUUUUUCCACUUUGGAAGAAACUUGCUAUCCCAGUUUUAAACAGCACUGGUUUUUCAAGCAAAAAUUUUUUAAUUAUUUAACUAAGUUUGUGUAAAAAUAACUAAUAUCUACCUUUUUUAUUAGAACCCUAGAUAAUCAUAAUUUGUUUUGUUUUUUCAUAAAUUAUUAAGCAUAUAAUUUUAGUUGUGUUUAAAAUCAUAAAUUAGUUUUUAUUGUUUUAAGAAUUAUUGCAUCUCAGUUUCAUACUAAUGUUGUACUGUACUACUUCUUAAAAUGCUCCAUUUAACUUUUUAAUAAACUUGGUAAUAUUCUAAGUUAUAACUAGUAUUUAAAAAAUUAAGACAUUUAAAAGGAAAAUAUUAAGUGCCUCUAUAAAGUUCAAAACUUUUUAAAAAAAAAAAAAAAAGAUUUUAAGUUUAGGAAAUUUUUUGUAAAAUAAAUUCAAUUUAAUACCAAAUGUUGCAUUCCAAACUUUUUAAUAACAUGUGAGAUUCACUCUGGCCUUGCUAAACUUGUUUAUUUUUUGACCAAAUAUUUCUUAUGUAUUCAUGUUAUUUUUAGUAGUUUUAUUCUGUUUGUGGUUAUACAAUUAUUCUAUUUUCUUUUUACAUCAAAGUUGUCGGGGAAAAAUAAAGUCUUGAUCAAUUUCAUUUGUACAUCCAUAAAAAUUAUUUUGUUACUGAUCAAUGAAGUAAUCACAAAUGAAUACUGCCUUCUAUUUGUAUUUUCCUGAGAAACUGUUGGUGUUUAUAGACGUAUUUAAUGUUCUUGUCUCUGUGGAAUAAGUGUUUUUAAAAAAUUUUAAAAUAUAUAUAUAGUAAAUUCUUAUAUUACUGUGGCUCAAAGAAUUAAAGUAUUUUGAAUUUUCCAUAA